AUGGUCCAUCCAUUUCCAAGAGUCGAGGCAGCAGCCAUAGACGGCCGCUUGCAUACCGUCUACCAUCGACAAGUGCAACUCGAACGACUCUGCAAGACAUUAAUUGAAAACUUCAAUGAAAUCCAACGAGCAAUCGAAACGGAUGCCGGCUUGUCUGAACAAGAAAUCGCAAUCGAAUAUCAUCAGACAUUGUCAGCUGUGAAACGGUCUUACGCUCUUCUCAAACCAAAGGAAGCGCAUGAAGGGGAGUAUCUGAUUGCUAAUGGGAGAAAUGCUCCGAAUAAUCGAGUGCCGGCCGGGAUUGUGUAUAUCGAACCGACAAUGCACACUCUCUUCUAUUCUGCGAUAGUGCCUUUGGCCGCGGCGAUGGUUGCUGGAAACUGCGUCGUUCUACUGGUAUGUAUGCUUUCCUUCCAAUCAAUUCCAAUGCCCGCAAAUAGCUAACAUGACGAAUCGAUAGCUUGAAAACAACCUCCACUCGCUUUCCAGCUUACUCCGAAGGGUCCUCUCCGCCUCUCUAGAUGCCGACGUCUUUGCCGUCGCCUCUGCGCCUGUCAAAGAUGCAGCUUUCCUCAGCAAGUCUCUCUGUGUACUCCAAAACGGCGCCGAUGGAAUUCCCAGGAUCAACCAAAUCACGACACCAGCAGCCGCACCAGUCGUAGCCGUAGUCGAUCGGACGGCAGAUCUCACCCUCGCCGCGCGUGAAUUGGUAGCAGCACGCUUCGCUUUCGGCGGCACCAGCCCUUACGCUCCCGAUAUCAUCCUCGUAAACGAAUUCCACCACAAGGAUUUCCUCGACGCGGUCGUGAGCGAGAGUUCCAGAUAUAGACCUAACGACAACAAGAAAACAACAACAUCCAAUUUCCUCGCAACAUUACCGAAAACAUCCACAAUUCGCCAGCAAGAACCGAAUCGUCCUAUUGUCGAUCUUUCUGCUCGAGAAGAUAUCCUACAAAAGAAGGCGGAAGUCCCCAUCCUCGCGAUCCACGGCAUUUCCAGUCUCGACGACGCUAUCGAUCUCCUCACCAGCAAAACGGCGGCAACAGCUCCUCUUCUCGCCGCUUACCACUUCUGCAGUCCCCGAGCAGGCAAAUAUCUCUCGCAAUUCAUCCAUGCUUCGCACACAUACAUCAACCACAUCCCUUCGGAACUCCUCGUAGGACCUGCUUUCACCACGACGGAAAGAUACCCGCUGGAAUCAUUCUCCCUGCCGAGACCUGUGCAUAUUACCGCGCCAAAGAAGGAAUCUGGAUUAGGGAAGAAGAAUGCUGUGGUUUUGAUAAAAGAGGCUACGACUCCGCUGAGGCAGUAUAAGCGCCAUCCCGGCGGAGGCAUCGGAGGCGUCGGGUUCUUUGAGCAGGGGUUCUUGAUCAAUGCUUUGCUUAUUGUUGGGAGUACGGUGACUUGUACGGGGUUGGGGGCGUUGUGGUUGUGGAGGUGGAGGUCUGUUGGUGUUUGA